AUGGCUCUCGUAGAUUACGGUGCUUCAGAUAUGUCAGAUUCUGACUCUGAAGGUAAAUUAAUAGAUGAAAACAGUUCGACGAAAUCUCAGAGUACUUCUAGUAAACAGAUGGAUUUUCAUGAUAAAGUCGAGGAUGAGUAUAAAAUGCGCAUGCCUAAGAACGCGAAACCUCUUUUAGAACCCUUGAACAUUCAGCGAAAGUCUGGAAUAAAUGGGAAGGUCAUUUUAUCGAUUCCUACUGUGGAAGAAUUCGAUUCUUCUGACGAUAGUGAUUCUGACGACCUGGAAAAUGUUAAGAGACCUCCUCGCAAAGCAGUUGGGUCUACAUCACACAAGAGCCUUUUGGAUCUGCUUCCUCCAACUCGUGCUCUAAUCGUCAGGGAAGGUGACAAACCGAUUAUUCCAUCUCUCCUUGUUCCAAAACAGGCGAUUCAAAGUAUCCCAACUAAGCCUGCUCCUGCAAAGUCACCGCGGACACCGGAAUUAUCUGUCGAGGUUGGUGAUAUGGACUACGAUACGGCCUCUCCAGAAGGCUUCUUCACCUUCAACGGAACUCAGGAAGAUUCAGUGUUGCCCUCGAAUGCGGAUGAAGCUCGGCGUAGGGCAAGAGAGAGCAUUCUUGCUGCUGAAGCGGCGGCAGUGGGUAAUACUACACCGCAAGAAACGGUUCCCUUGCCACAAGAACUUCCGCCAUUGGAAGAGAAGCCCUUCAAGGACUGGCAGCUACCGAAAAGACCGCGUGUGGAACGUGAAGAGGGCGCGAGUAGUGAGGAGGGGGAGGAGGAAGAAAUGGGACCCAUGUUUACGGCGGAGACGUUUAUUCCCGGUCCCGAGCGUAAACGAGCGCGUCUAAGUCGUAGCGGCGCCACUGCUAUGUCCGUGGCCGAUUUGCUCGCCGCCUCAGGUAGGGCAAAGGUGCGGGAGGUUCGCGCAGAGGAUCUGACUGCUGGUGCCAGUCUGGAGCUGCUCAAAAAUAUUACCACCGCUCGUCCCAAGAUGGAGCCGCAACAGCAUCUGGUGAACAAUCCGGGCAAAUUGGCCUUCCGCAAGCACCAAAUCACAUGGCUCGCGUACAAGGCGCAAGAACAGGAGUACGAGUUGCAGGAGCAGUGGGCAGAAGCACGACGAAAUCAGGCACAAAGUCGACAGAAGUACGGAUUUUAA